GAGAAACUAUUUGGCAAGGGAAAUUUCAGAUUACAAAAACGAAAUGAGUACAUAUCGACUGCAUUUGAGUGAAUUAAAUAAAACGUUUUAUAAAUCAAAUUGUGAUUUCAUCUCGUGUCCAAGAUGUGACAUGGACGAUUACAGUCGACUUCUGCGACGUGAUUCUGUCCUCCCCAUUUUUGUCAUCACAUCUAUGAUACGAGCACGUUAUUUUGUCCAUGUAAAAUGGUUCUAAGCCUUAGUUAGGCCAUUUGCGCAUGUGUUUUUGUGAUUCGAAUUUGAGUCGGCGCGUCGUCCAAUUGACUUGACUUUGAAAUGAAUUGGUCUCACUUCCUGUUGUUGUUCCCACCCUCGCCAUCUCCAUCUCGACGACGUAACGCUGAGCAAGGUUUCACGGCUGGAUCUAGGCUGCGGGAUCAUCGCUGCUGAGACGUUGAUGCUUGUCCUGAUUUAGGCAUCCUAUUGAAUAUUUGUUGACUUCUUUAUCUGUCUGUCUGUCUGUCCGUCUGUCCAAAAUGGCUUGCGCUGGAUUCACCUGCUCCAAGCACUCCCUGUGCGCGCUCAACAUCCUCUAUGUUAUGGUGAGCCUGCUGAUGAUUGCAAUCGCAGCAUGGGGGAAGUGGUUCGGUCUGGUCUCCAGUUUCCAGGUCGUGGGUGGCGUCAUUGGAGUUGGCGUCUUCCUCUUCUUUGUGGCUUUGGCCGGUCUCAUCGGUGCCGUGAAGCACCAUCAGGUCCUCCUCUUCUUUUACAUGAUCGUCCUCUUCAUGGUGUUUAUCGUGCAGUUCUCUGUUUCCAGUGCCUGUCUGGCGAUCAACAAAGAGCAACAGGAUCAUCUGCUGGAGGUGGGCUGGAAUAACUCCCGCAGCACUCAAAAAGACGUGGAGAAGACGCUCAACUGCUGCGGCUUCCGACAGGUUGACCUCAACGCCACCUGCCGCGCCGCUUGUUUCCCCAAUCACUCGUGUUUGCCGUGCGCCGAUAAGAUCCAGGAACACGCCGAUGAAGUCCUGCGUUUUGUAGGAGGGACUGGCCUCUUUUUCAGUUUUACUGAGAUGGUGGGCGUGUGGCUGACGUACCGCUACAGGAACCAGAAGGACCCCCGAGCAAACCCCAGUGCGUUCCUCUGAAAGCUGCUUCCGUCCCAUUUAGACCUGUAAAUAUGCGGCAAUGUGGUUUGAUAUUUAAAGAUGGUAACCACGGGAACUGAAAUGUCUCUUUCUGGAGAUUCCACUUUUGUCUUAACACUGCUGUCACUCCAAUCCAUUUAGUUAAGAACGUUCUGCUGAUUCAUCACAAAGUAGAUGAUUCCAAACACUGAAUGCAAUAAUCUGCACCAAACACACGCGUGUGACUGAAUUCUUGGAGACUUUGCCGUCUUGUCCUGCUUCCUUCCUUCCUUCCUUCCUUCCUUCCUUCCUUCCUUCCUUCCUUCCUUCCUUCCUUCCUUCCUUCCUUCCUUCCUUCCUUCCUUCCUUCCUUCCUUCCUUCCUUCCUUCCUUCCUUCCUUCCUUCCUUCCUUCCUUCC